AUGUAUUGGCUAACGUUUGACCUCUUAUUUCGGAUUAGGGAGCUGAAGAGCCUGCCUGAAGAGCUUCACCUUCUGUGCCCUCGUAAAAAUGACAAUGAUAUGGAGCAGUACAACAAAUACACCGAGAGCGAAAAUAAAUCUAGUGAAGCCGGUGCUCAGACGAACCCUGAUAUACUUGAGAGAAUAUCAGAGGCUGCGGUCCGUCGAGAGAAAUUCCUCUCCUGCAUACAGCUACUGGCUUUUAGUGGCGAAGAGGUUGAAGCACAGCAGCAAUGGAUAUGGAGGCGCCUCAAGGAGACAUUAGAAAGAUGUGAUAUUUGCAUCAAGGAGUACUACAGAGGGAAAAUAUGGCUGAUUGAGACUUUGGGUGAAAGCUACGAUGAAUCUGAAGUGGAAAAAUUCAGUAAAAUGCUGGAUGAUUGGGAUAUAGCCCGAGUCGGGAAAAAUUUGGAUAAAGCUGCCAGUAUGCUCGCAAGUAUCUCCCCUGGGCAGCGUAAGAUAAGCGCCCUUGAUCGAGCCUCUAUGCUCUCCAUUUUUGAGGCGUUAAGCUCUACCCCGGUGCUAGGGAACGAGACGUUCCUUUGUGAGCAUUUUGACCAACCGUUUACGAUGGUACAAAGCUCGCGCGCUCUAAAGAUCACAGAAUAUGUACCUGCCGCCACGCAGUUUCUUUUCGACAAAAACAAGCAUAGAAACGAUUGGGCUGUGUUUACUUGGUCAAAGCUAGCCAGACCACCGACAACUACGGAAUUCGACUGUGCAAUCAAGGAGCCUUUACUUGCGGCUUUACGCCGGGCAUCCACUCCUCCAUUUGAUCCUGACUUUGUUGAUUCGCUAUGGCGUGGAGUCACUAUCAUAAUUAAGGGACUGAACAAGGACCAAAUCACCCACAACCUUCGAGGACUUGAACUUGAUCCCUGCCGAUUAUCUGUUGACCACCUAGCCAUUCAAGCUCCAGCUUUACGUUCAGUUAUCAACACGAUACAUGCUCUCUUGAAGAAAUCUCCAAACGACUUUUGGGAUGCCAUGCAAACUAUUUCACCACAAGCCAUUAUUGAGCAGAUUUUUUACAAUCCCCAGUAUGAAGUGUUUUUAACGGCUACUGAUAAUAAUGACUCCUUGACUGAAUCUCCCCUGAGGGACAUGUUGUCAUGGAUAGACCCCUUUAUCACGUCCCUCAAGAAUACCCAUCAGCCGCAAGCAUGUCGGUUCCUAGUUCACCAGCUUCUCAACCGCCUUCAGGAGCCUCGAUUUCCUACCAUUGUCAAGUACCAUUGCUUUCGAAGUGGUCUUAUGGUUCUUUAUCGUACCUUGCGUAGCUUCACGGAUAAUGAAGACUCGAGAGGUUCUGUGGCUACCAUCGUUCUAUCCGAAAUGAUGGAAGUUAUAAGUGAUAAUAUCAAGCAUUUCCUUAACCCUCCACGGUUCGAAGUUGAUGGGAGUGAGUCGGAGAUUUCUGUUCUCUGUAUGGAUGUGGUCCGAAACACACUGGCACUGGAAUGCCAGUCUCUAAAAUCAGACUAUGAAACCAUCCUCAGGGAUAAUACUCUACAACAUGGCGUUAGCACAUAUACAGCGCCUAUAUGGGAUGCUGUAGUCCAACAUCUUGAUGAAAAGAAUUUAGCCCUCUCUUCUGCAGCCCUGAGAGGUAUCUUGCCUCUCGUAGGACUUGAGAAAUUCCAGACGAGGGGAGAAAACACGAAAGAAAAGACGCAUUUUAAUGUCAUUUACGGCCACCUUACUCAUCUCGCAUGCCAGAUCCUUGAGAGAUUGUCUGAUUUCAGACCUGAACAUCUGGACGAAUUAUUCAAAGCUCAAGAGACCAAUGGUUCUUUGACCUCUGCAUUAUUCUCUGCCGACUUAAAUACGUAUCAGGCCGCUGUCGAUCUGAUAAAAGCCGUCAGUGGCCAACUGGGGCGCAAGGAAGCAAUUUCUCACUUAUUACAGUCGUUCUGUGCCUCCACGAUGUUUGGGUUCAGCUGGUCUUUUCGGCGUAUUUCCAACAUGAAAACAUUCGCCUCUGCUCCUAGAAUGCUUAAAACUGGCACGGAUAUCAUCGAGGUCCUCUGUGAUUCGCAAACUGGAAUACUGAGGACUCGAAAACUUAAUGAUCCAAAAGAAGUAUACUUCUUGCAGAGGCUUUGGGAGUACCAGUGGUUGGCACUUUCUACAAUAUUCAGUCAUACCGAAAAAUGGCAUAGAAUGGGCGUUGACAGGUCAAUCAUGCUGGAAUUCUGUCGAGACAGUAUCCAGUUUGCUGAGCUUCUGUUCGACCAAUUUCCAAUAUUUGCCACGGCCGUUGGAGAAGCCGACCCAGCACAAGCUAACUCGGCAAAGAGUAAUCUCCUUCGAUACCCAACUACCACAAUGAAUGCCAUGGUAAAAUGGUUACGGCUAAAGGAUGAGUACCUUGCGACUACACUGGUUGGGAUCGUUUCAAAAGUGCUUCGCCGUCUUGGGGAUCUAAAUGCAACAGUUCAGGAGGAGGCCUUGGACGUCAUCAAAGAUGUUGCUCUGACUGCCAAAAUCAAGACUAUCUUGACGGAUAGUGAAAAGGCAGAACUAGUAAGGUCUAUGGAGGCCUAUUAUAAGAAACCCCUGAUCACUCCUAUUCCUGCUCCAACUCCCAAAAAGAAACAAAGUUCGAUUACUGCUUUUGCUAAACCCGUGGAUCCCAACACGAUUGUUAAAUCCGAAUCUAAACCGAUUAAAGAGGAGGGACAUGAGAGUGAGAUUGACAUUCCAGAUGAUGUUUUAAUAGAACUAUCAGGUUCAAUUGAUCUUCACAAGGCUAGAAUAGCCUCUCAGAAGAAACCUAUUCCCCGCCCUAUCGCACCUUAUAAACCACUUCCACCCGUGGCACCAUUAGCAAAACCGGCUCACAAUGUCCUUUCAUUCCGUGAAAAGCGCGAGAGGGAAAAGGAGGCCAAGAAGAAACGUGAUAUGAUAGAGCUCGCCAAAGUAAAGAAGAACUUGCCUUUACGUGGCAUGAGUGAGCAGACAGCAUCACAAGGCUCCGGCCUUAGCGGCCUUAAUAUAGGAGUCGUUGAGCAUAAACCUGCGGACAGUAUGAUGGUGUCUUCCGACUCGGAUUCAGACUCAGACAGUGACGAUAAUGGAGACGAAGAUAUGGUUGGGAAGCGGGUAUCUUCAAAACCAGAUGCUGUGAGAGCUUAUGAAGAAAGUCGAAAGAAACUCCUACAACGAGUGCCCGUUAAGAAGGCAAAGAUCAUCCGCUCUGCCAAGGACAUGCGAGCGCGGCUUGCCCCAGACUUAUCGUCUCUCCAUAAGACAUUAUUAAGUUGGGAUUUCUUUUCAACGACCGUUCUUCCUCCCAACUGUGGCCGAACUGACUACACAUUGGUUUCCAACGUUUUCGCAAAUGCACUGGAAUAUCAAAAGACUUUCGAGCCAUUACUGAUACUAGAAGCCUGGCAAGGCUUCCAAACUGCUAGAGAGGAUGCAACAUUUAAAGAAUUCGAAAUCAAAGUUGCAAACCGUCUUUCAGUUGACUCAUUUGUGGAAGUUAGCACAAUUAUGGAGCCUCAACAGGUCAAAGACCUAGGGCUAGGGGAAGCUGAUUUAGUUCUGCUAUCCCGCUCAAACAAGCCUGCCACUGAUUCGAGUGCACCUCAUUGUCUCGGUAGGAUAUCCGGAAUCAAGAAGAAGAAAGGGACAGUAGAGGUAUCCUAUCGCAUUAAUCCCAGUGGCCCAAUGGCUAGCGGAAUUGGAUCUGGAGGUGGGCUGUUUGGUGUAAAGAUCACCUCUCUUACACCCCUUGAACGCGAAUAUGGAGCACUCAUGGCUCUCCAAUAUUAUGACCUGAGUGAGGAGAUUAUAAGAGCAAAGCCAUCUCCAAUACUGAACUAUGGCCCAGAGAGCUUGAAAACCAUACUGGCCACAUAUGACCUCAAUCCGGCGCAAGCCAAGGCUAUUAAAUCGGCUGUGGAUAACGAUGCGUUCACGCUAAUCCAAGGACCUCCUGGUUCAGGCAAAACCAAAACCAUAGUUGCGAUUGUUGGAGCGCUUCUAACACCCAUCCUGGCGGAACGAAAGGUUCCACAACCAAAAAUAGCCAGCGACUCAGCACAGGCGAGCAAGUCAACCCCAUCAAAGAAACUGCUAGUUUGCGCGCCUAGCAAUGCAGCUGUCGACGAGCUAGUGAUGAGGUUUAAGGAAGGGGUGAAGACACUCAACGGUAAAACACAGCCAAUCUCUGUCAUUCGGUUAGGUCGAAGCGAUGCGAUCAAUGCCAAUGUGCUGGACGUUACGCUAGACGAGCUUGUCAAUGCCAAGUUGAACCAGAGUGAUCAAAAGAAAAAUGGAGAAGAGCGUGAUUUACAGAGCUAUUUCAACGAGCACAAGGAAACCUCUGCCAAAUUCAUUGAGAUACGGCAGAGAAUUGAUCAAUGCAGGGCGAGAGCAGAGCCCGUCUCUAACGAGCUCGAACGAGAAUUCGAUCUUCUAAAACGAAAGAAGGCUCAACUAAGUCAGGCCAUUGAUAAUGCUAGAGACAAGAACCAUGCCGCAGCACGAAAUGCUGAGUUGACUCGACGACGAAUACAACAAGAAAUCAUUGACGGAGCCCAUGUUAUCUGCUCCACCCUUAGCGGCAGUGGACAUGAAAUGUUCCAAAGUCUAAGUAUCGAAUUUGAGACAGUUAUCAUCGACGAGGCUGCCCAGUCUAUUGAAUUGAGCGCUCUCAUUCCUCUCAAAUAUGGCUGCUCCAAGUGUGUUCUAGUUGGAGAUCCCAAACAGCUACCUCCAACAGUGUUAUCGAAGGAAGCAUCUCGAUUCCAAUAUGAACAAAGUUUGUUCGUUCGAAUGCAAGCAAACCAUCCAAAUGAUGUCCAUCUUCUCGACACUCAAUACCGAAUGCAUCCAGAGAUAAGCAAAUUCCCAAGCCAAGCGUUCUAUGAUGGGAAGCUACAAGAUGGACCUGGAAUGGCGCCAUUACGGAAAAAGCCAUGGCACGGAAGUGAGCUUCUUGGGCCAUAUCGGUUUUUCGAUGUCCAGGGCAUGCACUCCAGUGCUGCCAAGGGCCAUUCUUUGGUUAACAUUGCAGAACUUACAGUAGCAAUGCGCCUCUACGAACGGCUCCUGGCUGACUAUAGAAAUUAUGAUUUUGCGGGGAAGAUUGGCAUAAUCACGCCUUACAAAGGCCAGCUGAGGGAGCUCAAGAGUCGGUUUGCUGCUAAAUAUGGCAGUUCAAUAUUCACCGCUGUUGAGUUUAAUACCACAGAUGCAUUCCAAGGAAGGGAGUGCGAGGUUAUCAUAUUCUCUUGUGUCCGAGCAUCUGACCGAGGAAUAGGGUUUUUGUCCGAUAUUCGUCGAAUGAAUGUUGGAUUGACACGAGCCAAGUCAUCGCUUUGGGUGCUUGGAAAUUCUCAAUCUCUUGUCCGAGGUGAAUUUUGGAGGGCGUUGAUCUAUGAUGCUCGAGAACGCCAGCUUUAUACUGAGGGAGACAUCCUGCGAAUCCUGCAGAAACCUCAAAUCAGCCUAGACAUGGAAUUAAAUAACGUCGAAAUGGUAGACGCUCCUGCAGAAGUUGGUAAUAUCCCAACUCCUUCAUCAAGGCCAGGUUCAUCCAUGGCUGGAAGCAGUAACUCUAGGCCGCCUUCCAGACUGUCAAAUCCCCAGUCCACCGCCGAAUCAUUGCCCAGCGAACUGCCCUCAGGUAGUGCAGUGGGCACGCCCGUCCCAUGCCUUCCGGAUGGCCCUUCUGGGGGUAAGUCUGGGCUAAAUGACUUGGCCAUGUGCGGAUAUUGCGGAAGCCAUCAGCAUAUGACACAUAAUUGUGACAACAUCGAUGCCAAGAUAGCCUGUCAGGGCACUUGUCGAAGAUGCGGAGAUGAGACGCAUUCGAUUCGGGAUUGCAAAGCUGAACGCUGCGUUCAAUGUGGAGAAACCGGCCAUCUUGCAAAUGACUGCAAGUCCACAACGGUGCUACCCAAAUGGGAAAAGAAUAAAAUCAUCAAAGAAGAAGCCCAUCACAAGAGCAUGCAGCAAGCGAGAAUAGAAAGACAGAAACAGAAGGCCAUUGCGGCUCACGACCCGAAAAUACCACUAAUACAGGUUCCUGGAAAGAAACCUUCAGCUGAGAACACAGCCCCUCCACAUAAUAGUGGCCCUGGGAAGAGGAAACGAUCUGACCCCCAGGCUUCAAGUGACCCAAAGGUAAUGCGACUUGACCAGAGCACUGCAUCUUCGACUCCUCCGAAGGAUUCCAAAGGAAAGAAACAAGACGGCAGCACCUCUGCCGCAGCACAGACACCAGCUGUAAACCUGCCAAAAGGCCCGAGAGGACGAAAAGCGGAUCCUCACAGCGUUGCGCCGCCCCCAAGUGUAUGCUAA